AUGCCUCAAAUAAAACUCUUCUAUAUCCCCGAUGCAUGCUCCCUCGCUCCACAUAUCCUCCUCCACGAAAUAGGUGCAGACUACGAACCGAUCAGAGCCAAACUUGGGGGCGGAUUUGACGCUCACUUCCGGGAAGGCUUCACAGAUAUUAACCCUAAAAUGCGGGUUCCCGUACUAUCCCUCGACGACCAAGUUAUCACCGAGCUUCCGGCAGUUGCAACGGCUAUUUCGAGCCUCGCGCCAGAGGCUCAUCUCAUGGGUAAAACCACGCUUGAUACAAUUCGAGUCUAUGAAUGGAUGAACUAUUUGUCUGGGACACUACACGCCACUGGGUUUGGUCUUUUCUUUAGGCCCCAUCGUUGGACGAAGUUGACCGAUGAGGUGAGCUUUGCGGGAAUCAAGGAGAGGGCUCUGGAAAAGAUACUGGAGUGUUUUGGGUUUAUAGAGGAGCGACUGGAGGGGGUUCAUGCUGUUGGUGGUGCAUUUACUGCUGUUGAUACAUUUUUGUAUGCGUUGUAUCGAUCGGGGAUGUAUACUGGCGUGGACAUGUUGGCGUAUACAAAGUAUACUGCUUUGGUGAAAGAGGUUGAACGUCGUCCUGCAGCGCUGGCGGCGUUGAAGAUCGAACAGAUUGAUCCCAAGUUUUGA